GCUCCACGCUGGGCUCAGUACCAUCACACACACUGCAGCAGCACCACACACACUCCCUCUCACGCGCUCACUCACACACACUCUCUCUCCCUCUCACACACGCGCCGCAGGAGGACUGAACCCAGCACGGCUCCCUCUUCAUCCUCAGCCCGCUGCCGAGAGAGGAGCCGAUUAUGACGGACAGAGCAGGAGAGCGGCUGAGGAACCAGGCUGAGCUCCUCCGCUCCCACUCUUCCCUCAGAUCACUCCAUCUCUGUGUGUGAGGACCCUGGCGAGAAGCUACUGAGGAAGAAGAAGCUCUCAGGACCUGGUGAUGGAUUAGCCGCUCGUCAGAAGUGAUAAACUCUGAUUAAACUCGCCUCCAGCUCCUCACACCCAUCCCCUGUGGAUUGUACACCGACUUUCCUUUGUGGUUUCUUUCCACUCUGCUCCUUAUUUCUGCUCAAGAUGUCCUCGGAGCAUUUGUUAAAGUCCCUGCUGAUGCUGUUUCUGGCGCUUUUCUCGGCCAACGCGAGCAACUGGCUGUACCUGGCUAAGCUGUCGUCUGUGGGGAGUAUAUCAGAUGAAGAGACGUGCGAGAAGCUGCGUGGGCUGAUCCAAAGGCAAGUGCAGAUAUGCAAGCGUAACGUGGAGGUGAUGGACGCGGUACGUAGGGGGGCCCAGUUAGCCAUCGACGAGUGCCAGUACCAGUUCCGGAACCGGCGCUGGAACUGUUCCACACUGGAAACCGUCCCUGUCUUUGGCAAGGUAGUCACGCAAGGCACCAGGGAGGCUGCUUUCGUGUAUGCAAUCUCUGCUGCAAGCGUGGCCUUCGCAGUGACCAGGGCCUGUAGCAGCGGGGAGCUGGAGAAGUGCGGCUGUGACCGUAAUGUACACGGCGUAAGCCCCGAGGGCUUCCAGUGGUCAGGGUGCUCUGACAACAUUGCCUACGGAGUGGCCUUCUCCCAGUCAUUUGUGGACGUCAGGGAGAGAAGCAAAGGCCAGUCGUCCAACAGGGCCCUUAUGAAUCUCCAUAAUAACGAGGCAGGGAGGAAGGCGAUUCUGAACAACAUGCGAGUGGAGUGUAAAUGCCACGGUGUUUCCGGCUCCUGCGAGGUGAAGACCUGCUGGAAGGCCAUGCCGCCGUUCCGCAAAGUAGGCAACGUCAUCAAGGAGAAGUUCGACGGCGCCACGGAGGUAGAACAGCGCAAAAUAGGCACCACGAAAGUGCUGGUGCCACGGAACUCGCAGUUCAAGCCGCACACGGACGAGGACCUGGUCUACCUGGACCCCAGCCCGGACUUCUGCGACCACGACCCCCGGACACCGGGCAUGCUGGGAACCGUAGGCCGCUACUGCAACAAAACUUCAAAGGCCAUCGACGGCUGCGAGCUGAUGUGCUGCGGCCGGGGCUUUCACACGGAGGAGGUGGAGGUGGUGGACAGGUGCAGCUGCAAAUUUCACUGGUGCUGUUACGUCAAGUGCAAACAAUGCCGCAAGAUGGUGGAAAUGCACACGUGCCGGUGAUCCACUUCCACCCUCCUUCAACUCCUCCCCUGCGGAACCUUUCUCAGAACGACUCCCUCUUUCCCUGCCACCUCCUUAAACCACCCUGGGAAACCAGAUGAAUACGAGAAAAAACGGGGGAAGACAGACAUUCCCGAUCACUUCACACAUCGUUAAAAGAACAUGUCAUACAUGGGACGUACGAGUCUAGGGGCAAAUAGAGUUGUUUUUUAUUUCGAGUCCCACUUGAGAGUAUUUUUCUCUCUGUCUCUUUUCUUUUUUUAUUGUGGUUGCUCUCUUAUUUUUAUACUUUUUAACUUAUUGGAAUCAGAGAGCGUGAAUUAUUAAUGUGACUUGCUCCGAGGGGAGUGGUACGGGGUAGCAGAAGGCCGACGGACCAUUGAGAAACGGUGGGGUUUUGAGGGAGAUGAGUUGUUAAGUGGAACUGGGGGGUAAAGUACGACCCCCUCCCAUUGCUGAUGCUGCUUUAGGAUCUCAUCUGGAGUGAUGGACAUCAAAGGAUAUCUUUAACUGACUUCUAGAUUGAGGAACAUUACAUGGAGAUGCAGUCCAGGUGUACAUUAUUGUUUUUUGUUGUUUUUUUUUUUUUUCUCUCUCGUCAAAAAAUGAACAGUAGCAUUUUAGAUAUGUAUGUGGCCAUGAUGCUGCUUCAGAAAUCACUCACAAAUACAAUGUACAGCAUUGGUCUUUUAUAUAAAUAUAUAUAUAUAUAUAUAUAUAUAUAUAUAUAUAUAUAUAUAUAUAUAUUGAGAUAUCGAGGAGCUCCUCCUCUUCCAUAGGGAAGCAAACCAACUUUAAAAACACAAAAAGACUACAAAUGUUCCACCUGAGGAGCGGAGGAGUGUUAAAUCUGAUCGGUUAGAAUAUCAUGGUAAGCAUGCCGUCGGCACAGAUCUGCAACCAUGUUUUCCGAAAUACGAUAAACGGAUCGUUCACUUGCAGGUGGACGUGGUUGGACCAUGGAUACUGUGCACGGUGACUGCAGCACUUUUCAUCUCCAGAUGCACAUACUACAAACAAACGAAAGCCCAGAGCAUUCCCUGUUCCAUUAACGUGAGGCAAAGUGACCGAAUUAUUUAUGACAACUAUGUACGACUACCAUAAUUCCAAGUUUUCUAUAAUACAACCAUGCUAUCCAGUAUGCUUCUAAACAAACAUAACUCUGUAAAAGACUUAUACACUGAAGAGGACUAUACUGCAUAUGAAUGUAUGUCUAAUUGAAAUAUAUGCCAUGUGAAAGACUGAU